AUGAAGGAUGUUCGCCACCCGCCGGCAGGAUCGAUUUCCGGAUGUUAUCUUGGCCGAUUAUGGAUAGCUUUCGGUGAAUUGAGGUGGCCAAAUCAUGAUUUUUUCGAUCCUGAUAUCCCAGCCGUCUGCAAGUCAGCUUAUCCGAAGAACAUGAUGAUACAGGGAGAGGCACAGGACAGUGGACUGCCGUUGACGCGCCUCAACGCACCUGGCAACACCAUGGCGCGUAAAGGCUCUGGUACAGAUGGCCCUCUACAGACAGCCCUCCUGGAAUCCACGUUUGCAGCCACGACAAGAGCUUCUGAAGGACAGAAGAUCUUCAGCCCUAUAGCUGCAUUCCUCGACAAACACCGCAGCCAAACCGCCGGCCUUGCCCCUCACCUACUGAGAGCCCUCACCGCUCUAAGCGAUGACCUCGCCUCAAUAGCCCACACAUUUCAACGCCUACAUUAG